UCCAUUUUUAAAAAAUUCGAGGGGGUUUCUUAUGUAGGAUAAUUAUUUUAUCUCGCGAAAUUAAAACAAAAAAAAAAAAAAAGUGAAUUGGUUUAAACACGUAAUAUACAAUAAUUAUAUCAUAUCACGUGAUCCUAAAAUUUUUCGCGUUUGCGUAUUUUCGUUAUUUUUUUUCCCGUUUCUUUUUUUUUUGAACUUCUUUAUAUAUAAUAUAAUUAGAGAUACCAUGAAAUCCAACCGGCCACGUGAAUCUCGCAGAUCUGCACCUGUCCCAUACAGGCCAACUACAGAAUUUGAUGUACAAAAUUUACCCCGACCAAAUUCACAAAUUAUCAUACCAACAAUGAGGAGAUAUAAUUCUAUUAUUAUACCAAAUUCUGAUCAGGAAUUUGCUAGAAUAUUAAAUUGGCCAACACAAAAUCAUGAUCAUGAUAGAAUUCAACAAUCACAAAAUAAUUUAGUUGGUUUAAAUUCAAAGGACAAUUUAGUAGAUGAUGGCGAGAUAAUAUUUGAUACAACAUCAUUUAAUCAAGCAGGCGACAUUCAACAACUUUCACAUGGACAAAUCCCCUCCUAUAUUCCUCAAGGUCGCUUCUCGGUGACUGCGGCAAUGCACCAAGUGAUAAAUCCAUCACGAGCGCCUGAGGUACCUUCACUCAUUUCAACUUAUGGUACUGAAAUAUUUGAUCAAAUUCAAUCAGAUGAUGACCCAAGACUUAUAGUUUGGUCAAUAUCAAGGGCUGAAGAGAGAAGGCAAGGAUCAAUUAUUUCUUCUUAUGUCUCUUCUUCAAAAAGAUGGAGUAUACAUGAAAAAUUGGAGAAAGCGGGUAAAACGAUAUGUGGUGCAGGGUUAAGAGAUAGGUUCGAAAGUAAACCGUCAAAAAACAGACAUUCUAUUGUUAUGACAGAAAAAGUGAUAAUGGCUGCAACGAUUGAAAAAUUAAUUGAGAAAUUAACAAGUGGAAUUGUUAAAUUUUACUCUUACUAGAUUAUACUUUCUUAACGGAUUUUUUUCUUACAUAUCGAGCAUUUAUAACGCCAUUACAUUUAUGUAAUCUAUUAAUCUUGAGAUUUAAUUGGGCAUUAGAAUUUGAUGAUGAAAAAAGAAGGGUAGUAAGAGUCAGCUCUACGACAUUGGCUUCUCAAUUAUUUUGCGUAUGAUUUCGUUCCAUGUCGUAAUUUAAGGUCUAAACUUAUAACUUAUCUGAAUACUUUACAUCCUUCGGCACCCCGAGACCAAAAAAUAGUGC